AUGGUGCUCCUAAAAGUCGUCGGCGGGCUCCUAAUAGCAAGUGCAGCUAUCUCAAGCCAAACUACCAAUGGCGUCGACCAUUCCACACAAGAUCUCUCAAUUUCCGACGCCAAGGAGCUCCAAAGCGCCAGCUCAAAAUGGACAGCUGGUGUCGUGAAAUCAUUCAAGAAACAAGGCAUCACUAUCCAAGAAACGACAGACACCGAACACGCUUUGAUUCCGGUAAAGUUACGGGAACAGGCAGAGGAAGAACACGCUAAAUUCUACAAAAUCAACUGGGAUGACACACCAAACGUUAUCAAGGGUUGGAUUAAGGCAAAUCCUUGGCAAACAGCUUUCUUCGUUGUGAAUGGGGUCGUGUUCUUCGCACCAGCUGCAGCAAGUGGUCCGAUACUCUGGAUAUUGGGGUAUACUUCGGUGGGACCUAGAGCUGCAUCGUUCGCAACAUUCCUGCAUAGCAAGAUCGGUGUGGCCGCGGCAAAAGGUGGAUUCGCAUACCUCCAAAGUGCGGGCAUGGGCGGUUACGGAGUCGCUGUUGUAAAUACGGCUACACAAUGUACCACCGCUGCGAUUGGCCUCGGUGCUGGAUUAUGGGGAUGGGCCAGCGGAAAUAGGACUGCGUCUCUGUUUGAUAGCGUAUUGUCUGAACAAGCUGGACACGCUGAACAAGCACAUGUCAGAGGCAGUUUCUUCUUGUCGGAGAAUAGUCAAGUUUUGGGUUAA